AUGGUUUGUUUUGGUUUUUUAUGCAUAUGCAUGAGAAGAUAAUAUUGGUUGCAAUCAAGGUAUUUGAUUUUAAAUACAGUCUAGACUACUAACGUGUUGGCCACUUAAAUGGUCGUUCGGCCAUCUGCGUUGUUGUCAGUGUAGUGAUGUCGUAUUUGUAUGUUCAUAUUAUAUAAUAAUAAAGCAUAAAAUGUGAACGAACAAUAAUAGACGUCAAUGAGAUCCCAAUGUUUAAUGCGGCCUAGCUUGCAACCUUUCGCAUUUGUUGAAAGCAAACACACAGUGUUACGCAACCGGUCCUUUAUUACUUGGAUUGAAUAAAUAUCGUAAGUGUGACACUUGCAGAAUACGAUUGCAAGAAUGUCGAUAUCAAAUUUAACCAUGUUAACUGCAGCUUCGCAACGUCUGGAAGCCCUCAACUGAAUAUGGGAAUAACCAUGAUAUCUAUAGAAACAAGAUGAUUUAUUGAAAGCUACAUUUCCAUGGUAAAGGGUAAAGUAGAAUCAAAGAUGGAGGAAUUCGACGCCAGCUUGGUACUGAUUGAAAGUAAUCCUUAUUAUCGACCAUGUAACAUCACAGAGAAUGACAAAAAAAUGGUAUUUCGGAUAAGUUUUGGCUGUGGGUUAGCAAGUUUAAUAGCUGUUUUUACUAUCAUCGGACAUGCCGUGGUGAAGAAGCGUUACUUUAUGUUUGAGAUCCGUCCUGUCGUACACCUAUCCAUAGCAAAUGCAGGGUUUUGCAUGUGCCUCAUAACUCUUGAUAUUCUCUAUAUGUUCACACCUAUUACGGUCCCAACGACUAUUUAUCUUAUCACACUUGAAGAGGUCUUUUAUUUAGUCUCGUUCAAUUUGACCGCAAAUUAUUCGAUGGUAGUCUACGCAAGACUGAAAACGAAACUCAGUAUGUCUGAAGACCUGCAAACACUUGAAACCACAGAGACAAUGAGGAGAAAUAUAAGGAUUUCGUACUUCUUAUCAUGGUUUCUACCACCUCUGCUGUUGGUACCCAUAACAGUCACCGUGCUGGCUAAACAUGUCGAAAUACAAUUCUGUUAUCUAUGCCCUACUGUCAUCUACUAUCCAAGAAGUGAGGGUACUUUAUUUGACAGUAGUUUUCUAAAAAAUAUUGGUAUCAUCUCAGUCAUUGUUACCUACUUCAUCGUUGUGUUGACUAUUUUGAUUUUCUUUUCUUUAUCGCAAAGAAUAUGUACAAAGUUAUUAAAGAAUGAAAAUAUUGAAGUUCAUGAUCAAAGAGUAAUCAGAUGGCUCCGUACGAGGAUAUCAUUGCAUAUACUCAGUUUCAUUUACUGUUGGACACCAGCUUUUCUUAUCAGUAUACUAGUUCUGGUCGUUGAUGUUUGGAACGAAGAAAUAGAAAACUGUGCUCCACUAUUUUAUGUAUGGGCUGUGACAGCUCCCUGCUAUGGUCUUAUCCUUGCGGUUAUUUACUUCUACUCGAUCUACUUCCAAAAUACCCAGUCUCAAAUUUCGAGAGAGAGGAGACCCUUCGGUUCCCGGAUAUACCGUUUCUACGGGACCGGCAGUCAGCGAUCAAGAUGGCCCAGAGUUAGGACGCCCUCACCAAGUGUAAGCGAAGGCAGUCAGGUCGAGGACACAAACACGAAUGUCGGCGGGGUGCUGUCGUUCCCUCCUAAUGCAGCCUUGUCAACUGUUGGAGUUAAGAAAUCACAAAGAAGUCCCAGUUUUCUGGGCUUGUUGAAAACCAAAGAUAGCGAACAAAAGGAAGGCGAAGGUGUUGAAAAUCCUGACACGUUUUGAACAAUGAAACAUCCAUGAAUGGUGUGUUUUAGGGUGUAAAAGGACUGGCUGCUUCUCAGGAGUGAAUGAAUCACUGAAUAGCAAUGAACGACUUCGGGACAAUUCAUUUGACAAACUAUUUAAUAGUGCCAGGUCGUGAAACUGGUGCAUGGACAAAUGUUCAAAUUAAAGUUGGUUACAAGUAAAAGGUUAGCAACGGAAUUAUGGUGAUUUGAAACCUUGCACACGCAACCACUAUAUGGCGUUAGAAAAAAAACUAUAUCAGGGUCCUCACAAAAUAGGCCAAUUGCAGCCUGGUGAACAUGAUUAAAGCCUUUGUUAUGACAAGCAACCAGGAAACACACUACCGAACAAUGUGUAAAUUUGUCCAAAUCAGUCAAGAAAACGCCAGUAUAGGAAAUUAAAUGAUCACUUGUACUAUAUCAUGUAUAUAUAGACCAUGCCAUUCUACCAACCAUCAAAGCGGGCAAAUUUAAAAAUCAUACGCGUUAUUUUCCUCCAUUAAAAUAUGAUCAGGAUAUCAAAUAAUAUGAAAAGAAAACAAUGUAUACCUUUUGAAAUACUACUUUUUAUUCAAGUUUUGCCCCCCCCCCCCUUUUUUUUUAUGCUCCAUAAAGGUAUUAGUCUAAAAAUUUGUGAUAUUCUCCCUGAGGUGCGUUCAAGCAAAUUCUUUAAAAUUAUCAUAAUCAGUACGCACGUUCAUAUAUUCAACAAUCUAUUUGGUUUUAUAUAGGAAUUACGAUCUUCGAGUUGUGCAACUUGAAAAUAAACUUCUCGUGGUAGAAGUUUCAAUGUUAUGAAUAAAAGAUGAAUUAUGACAUGCAGACAAAUUUAACGGCGGUCAUUUUAUGUCUUAUUUAUUAGUUCAGCAAUUUGAAUAUUGGAUACUAUCAUGACUCUGACAAGUAUAAAGCAACUCUGUAGAUCAGCAUGUCAGAUGCAAGAAGAUUAUUAGAUUUACACGAUUAUUUACCUGCGUUAAGUGAAUGACUUUCUUCGGAAGAUCAUUAUUAAAGAAACUAAAAUUGAUUCCUAUGUCUGUGGGUUUUCUUGUUCAUUUAAUUGGUUAACUUGUAUUUUUACACUGUUGGGGAAACUCAUAAAAGCCUUCGAUCCACGUCUUGAUCGUUACUAGGAAUCUAGGCUAUUGUCUCGUCUUCUAUUUUAUUUAUUUUUUUAUUAAGAGCGCAGAAAACAAUUAUGAAAUAUUACCAAGCUUAAUCAAUUCAGACAUAGAUGAGUUUGAUUAAGUUUUAUGCGUUAGAUGAAAUCCUUCUUUUGAAGGAAGUGAAUAGUAAGUGCGUUAGGGAAUUUAUCCUGGCGAUGGAGAGAGAGAGAGAGGAAUAGGAGGAGGGAGAGAAAGAUUGUGCGUGGGUGUCGGUUUGUGUGUUUGAAUAUUUUCUUCUCUUUCUUGCAUGUAUAAAGAAGAAACAGUAUUUAUUGGUGUAUAAUUGUAUUAUUGUUCUGUGUAUUUUUAUAGAAAAACAGUAUCCAUGUAUAAUUAGAAAUUCUUAUUUUAAUUGAUAAAUUUCAUGAUCUGAAAUAAAAUAAAUGAUAUAUCACUUAAAGUAAACAAAAUAAGAUGGUGUGGGUGUGUGGAUGUAUUAUGUACAUGUAUGCGUAUGUGUAUGUGUAUGCGUAUGUGUGCAAUGGUAUAUGUCCGCGUGUGAAUGUGAGUGCUUGCUGCCAGGGAUGGGGGGGGGGGUCUUCCUAUCUCCAUGGUUAGCAAAAUAUAUGUUUGAGUAGAUCCAAAAAGAAAGAAUAUUUUGUUUGGGGUGUGGAAAAGGUUUUGUUUGUUUUAUUUUGUUGAUGUUGUGUUUUGUUUUGUUUUCGUGUGUGCUUUAUAUAUAAAAUCUUUAUUCAGAUUAUUGUAUACUUUCUAAGAAUAAACAUAGAGACUUUUUUUUUCUGUAUUGUCCUACAAAAGUUGGAGGAAUGAAUAUACAUGUAUAAGUACUUUUUUUUUAUUAUGGGAUAACGUCUUCACUUAAAAAAGUCUGUACUUUUGAUUUUUCAUCAUACAAUACGGUAUUAUUAUACAGUAAAUACAUGUGAAAUUACGAGGUUUUUGUUAUUGGUAUUAUGGGUUAUGGUAAUAUUUGUUCGAAAAAUUUAUAUCAAGAUGUAUAUUAUUUCAUUUGUUAUAUUGCUGUAUAAGUGUACUUCACUUUAAUUUGCAUACAUGUAUUUGAUUUAUUACCCUUGUACAUGAAAAAUGUAAUAGUAUCUGAAUAAAGGCUAAAAAAGCAAG